GUUAUAACUUCCACGUCUCAAAUGUGAUUUUUCUAUAAUCAACGAGUUUCCAAACAUGCUAGUUACAUUCACUUGAGUUGAGGCCAUUACCAUAAAGCAACAAAGAACCGAAACCGUAAGCGAUAAAACCAACGAGAGAGAGAGAGAGAGACAGUUUCUCAGGGGACGUUUCUGUUUUUUCUUUUCCUUACUACAAAACAACAAAAGGUCCUUCACGCAAAGCAAUGCGUGCCAUUACUCGAACUCUAUGUUCCUUUUUAUCUCUCUCUGAUUUUGACGUAGUUGUUGUAGCGUUGCCAAGAUCUUGAAAGACAAUGUUGUUUCUGAGUAAUGAGAACACCAUACAGGGGGAGAUUUCAAAGGCUUGAGAUGUCAAUGUUAUUUGCAUAAUCAAAGGUUGAUUUGGGGAGAGGAUGGCAUCUUCAUGGGAAUAUUUUGGGGAGAUUGCAAAUGUGGCUCAGCUAACGGGCAUAGAUGCGGUGAGGUUAAUUGGGAUGAUUGUGAAAGCUGCAAAUACAGCACGGAUGCACAAGAAGAAUUGCAGGCAAUUUGCUCAGCAUCUGAAGUUGAUAGGGAAUUUGCUGGACCAGCUAAAGAUCUCGGAGCUUAAGAAGUACCCCGAAACCCGGGAGCCUCUGGAGCAGCUAGAAGAUGCCCUUAGAAGGUCUUACAUUUUGGUCAAUAGUUGUCAGGACCGGAGCUAUCUUUAUUUGCUGGCCAUGGGAUGGAACAUUGUUUAUCAGUUCAGGAAGGCUCAGAGUGAAAUUGACAGAUACUUGCACCUUGUUCCUCUCAUUUCACUAGUCGAUAAUAAUCGAGUCAGGGAGAGACUUGAAGUUAUUGAAAAGGAUCAAUGUGAGUAUACAUUAGAUGAUGAAGAGCAAAAGGUGCAGAGUGUUAUUUUGAAACCUGAGCCCGAAAAAGUUGAUGCUGUGGUGCUGAAGAAAACUCUUUCCUGUUCUUACCCCAACUUUUCUUUCACUGAAGCACUUAAAAAAGAAAAUGAAAAACUUCAAGUAGAGCUACAACAUUCACAAGCAAAUAUGGAUUUACAUCAGUAUGAAUUCAUUCAACAUUUACUAGAUGUCACAGAAGUUGCAGCUCUUUAUCAUUCUGAAAAAAGUCACAAGACAGUAGAGUACAGUGACUACAGUUUUUCUGAUGCCAAUGGUGACAAAGGUCAUUCUUCUAAUGAAAAAAUCCACGAAAAGAAUGAUACUCAUUCCACAUCAAGAUCAUCAGUUUCAGAAAAGGAUCAGCUAUCAACUGGAGGCUCAUAUCAUUGGGAAGAUUGGCAUACUGAUUUACUUGCCUGUUGUUCUGAACCUUGUCUUUGUAUAAAGACAUGCUUCUAUCCUUGUGGGACAUUGUCAAAGAUUGCUACUGUUGCAAAUAACAGGCCAAUAUCUUCUGCAGAAACAUGUAAUGAAUUGAUGGCAUAUUCAUUAAUUUUAUCUUGCUGUUGCUAUACUUGCUGCAUAAGGAGGAAGCUUCGGAAGAUGUUGAACAUCAGGGGGGGCUUUAUUGAUGAUUUUCUUUCUCAUUUGAUGUGUUGUUGCUGUGCCCUUGUGCAAGAAAGGAGAGAAGUGGAGAUCCGUGGUGUUGAAGGUCCUGAGAAGACCAACACAAGACCUCCACCCUCACAGUACAUGGAAUCAUAAAUAAAAAAUGAAAUUAACAUUUGCUUGUUUAGGGCUUGAAUAACACAUAAAUUAGAGACAAUUAACUAUUAGAACUGUCACGGGAAGCCAGUGCCUAUGUAUUUUGAUUCUCACACCACUCGGCAUCAAUUAUUCGAAUGUAAAGUAGGUUGUCUGUUUUA